CGUAUAGUGUUAAUAAAUACUGGUCCAGCAAUUGGCGCAGUGGUAGCUUGGCUUGUAUUAUUGCUUGUUGUUCUAUUGUGUUGGUAUAUAUUUGGAGAAGAGUUAUUUUAUCUCUGAAUGCACCUAGAUGCCAAUAAAUGAUGUACUUGCUUUUCUUGAUGGACUUUCUUGUUAAACUUGAAUUUCCUUCAUUCAAAUCCUUUAUUAUUGUUAAGGUUGAGAAUAUUCCGUAUCUACCAUGCCUGCAGAUAAUAUCCUUGUUAUUGCAUUUAGUUUUCUUAGCAACUGAUGUUGGCCACUCAUUGAUUAUUUCUCUUGGUGGGUAAGACAGAUGGUUAUAACUCUCACUGUUUUUGGCAUGAUGGAGGUUGAAAUGGAAGAUGUAGUUAAAGAGAAAAUUAUGAAUAUAGACAGUUGUGACAAGAAAAAUCCACUUGCAGUUGUGGAAUACAUUGAUGAUAUAAAUGAUCUCUAUAGGAAAACUUAGUUGUGGAGAUGAUAGCCGGAUUGGAGGAUGGAAGUGGAAGGAAUAUUCACAGUUAGAAGGGAAGAUGACUAUAGCUAUUGCAAUUGAAGAUGUGAGAAGGGAGGUUAAGAUAUUAAGAGCGUUCACUAGACACAACAAUUUGGUACAGUUUUAUGAUGCAUAUGAAGAUCAUGAUAAUCUGGACAUAGUUAUGGAGUUAUGUGAAGGAUGAGAACUUUUGGAUAGAAUACUUGUAAGAGAUAAAUCCCAUGGGACAAGUACCGGCUAUUGUUUUUGGAGACUUUAAGCUAUUUGAGAGGUAAGCAA